AUGGCCGGAGGCGACGCGUCAUCGGGGGCGGCGCCGGUGCCGGAGACGGCGGGGGAGGCGGAGGUGAAUCCUGGGGGUGAGGAUGGAGAAGGUAAUACACCAGUUUUACGAGUCAAGACUGUACAUAUCAGUUCAGUGAUUCUCGCCGCAAAAAGUUCUUUCUUUUUCAAGCUUUUCUCAAAUGGCAUGAAAGAAUCUGGUCAGAGGCAGUCAACAGUUAGAAUUGCUGAUUCAGAGGAAAAUGCCUUUAUGGAGCUUUUACGGUUUAUGUACAAUGGAAGGUUGACACCAACAACUGAGUCCACUCUUCUGGUUGAUAUCUUGAUGGCUGCUGACAAAUUUGAUGUCGUUUCGUGCAUCAAGCUUUGCGGUCAGCGGCUCAUAGGCCUGCCUAUGACCUUAGAAUCCGCAGUGAGGUGCCUAGAUCUCCCAUGUUCCAUUUCAAUGGCAGCUGACCUGUCAGAGGCAGCCAAGAAAUUCCUUGCUAAAAGAUACAAGAAAUUCCUGUCAACAAAAUUCCAAGAUGAACUGAUGAGGAUUCCCCUCGCUGGGAUUGUGGCCAUCUUAUCACGGAAUCUCCCUGGGGUUGCAUCUGAAAAAUCCGUCUAUGACUUUGUGCUCAGGUGGGCCGACUUGCAGUACCCAAAUUCAGAACAAAGACGCGAGAUUUUAAGUUCAAGUUUACUUCCAAUGGUGCCACUACGGUGUAGCAUGACCAAUGUGAUCCUAAUUGAUCAGCCGUCUUGUAUAAUUAACUUCAGUCUAAAGCGUGAGCACUGCUCUGGGAGCUUCCCAUCAGGAUCGAUGCGCUCGCCACCAUUCUAUUGUGCGGGGCAUGGUUUCUUUCUCUCAGCACACCGUAGAAUGGAGCCGUCCAACUCUUUUGUCCUCAUAAUACAGAAGCUAGAAGACAAGGGCCUAGUAAGGGGGACAGUAGAUUAUGAUAUUGAGGUAAAAACAACACCGUCGCUGGAGUUCACCACCUUGUGGAGGCGCACCACCACCACCGGUUGUACGCAAGGUUUUGGAUGCAGUGUUCCUUGGUCAGAGGUCAUUCCUGACGAUAGCCCCUUCUUCAUUGAUGACAAACUCCAUAUUCGAGUUCAUGUGAAGAUAACGCCG